UGUGCGGGAAGAGCUCUGCAUCUGGCAAGAGCGAUCUUUAUGCUUUAGCCUGCUUCUCCUUCCCUACAGCCACGCAGCUUCCAAAGCUAACUCCAGGGUCAGGAUGCACGCCCCUCUGGGGGCUCGAAGUUGCUGGACUCGAAGCUGCCGCUGUCUUUGCUUCUACAAUCAGUCCAUGUUCUUCGCUGACGUCAGUCGGAGCUGUCCUGGUGCUAUAUAAGGCUGGCGGCGGUCCCGGGAUAGACCCCGUGCUCCCCAAGGUGUCUUCAGCCCGCCCCGUGAGACAGAGACCGGAGCUCCAUUGCACCGGGCAGACACUCCAACAACCUGGCAGGCGGCACCAUGAGGCAGAGUGGACGCGCUGCGCUCCUAGUGGCACUGCUGCUCCUGGCACAGCUGAGCCCCGGGAGCAGCCAGUGGAGACUGGCGACUGAGGCGGCCACCGGGGUCCAGGAUCCGAAUUUGCGAUGGAGUCCUGGGGCGCGCAAUCAGGGCGGGGGCGCCCGUGCGCUCCUUUUGCUGUUAGCUGAGCGCUUCCCGCGCCGCGCGGGAUUGGCGACCGCAGGCGAGCGGCAGCGACGGGACGACCCUCCGCUGUCCAUCGACCUCACAUUCCACCUGCUGCGGACCCUGCUGGAGCUGGCCCGGACACAGAGCCAGCGCGAGCGCGCAGAGCAGAACCGCAUCAUACUCAACGCGGUGGGCAAGUGACCGGCCCGGUAUGGGAUCCCAAAAGGCUCGACCCUUUUCCCUACCUACCCCGGGGCUGAAGCUCACGCGACCGAAGCUGGCUCAGUCCCGCGGUGCAGCGCCGCCCAGAGUCACCCUGAGCACUCUGCGUGACUUUUUUUUUUUUUUUUUUA